AUAAGUAAAGGGCGCUAGGUUCGACGCAGUCUUCGCAGUUGGUUCGUCUAUGGGAGAGUUUUGCUCUAAGCCGGAGAGUGGGAAUUCUCAAUCACAUCCCGGUGUUCCUGCUGUUGGUACUCAACAUGCUAGAUCAAGGGAAAGCAAUGUCCCGAGUGCUUCUGCAGCAACAGCUGGCUUUUUAUCUAAUAUGUGUGACACAAUAUCCCGCUUACAAUCCGAAAAUCAUUUACCCUCGAACGCCCCACCACCAGGUUCGCGGAUUGCCCCCAGCCCUGAACAGGGUUAUGCCAGUAGUAUUAUUCGGAAUGGAAGGUCUGAUAGUUUUCCAAGUGGAGGUCCGGUGCUCACAACUGGGCCUCAUGCAGGGUUGUUAACUCCGGAAGAUAUGCUUGCUGCAGCACAGAUUUGUAGCCAUCUAAGUCAGUCACAACUCAACGCUCUGGCGGCUGCUUACCAUCAACAACAGCAACAAAUUCAACGUUCCGUUGGUCCAACUGCUUCAGGAACUUCAACACUUGGUCACGUCCCAGGAAUUACAUUUGCACAGGCUCUAGCGGCUGUUACAUCUGUAUCGAAGUCAUCAUCUCCUACUAUUCCUCUCAGUGUUCACAGCUCUCAACAGUCACCUCGAUUGCCGGUUCAUUCAGUUCAAACACCUAUGCAUCAAGGGAACCAAAAACGCCCCCCUAGUGGUCAGUCACAAUUUCACUCAGGACAUCCUAUUCAAAUGGGUUCAACUACAUCUGGUACUCGUCCAGCUUCAGCGUCUCAGGCUGUCCUUCAUCAUCGCGGAAGUCAUCCAGGUCCUUCAGGAUUCGGGACAAUGAGUUCUCACGUCAGUCCAUCACAGCCAAUUACCUCACAUCUGGAUCAUAAUUUGCACAAUGCACAUCAUCAAACAAGGGCUUCACCAUCACUAUCACCCAGUCCUGGAAGCAAUAUUUACCAAAAUCGUCGUUCACAACUGGCCCCCCCUUCAACUCAUCCAAACAAAAGACCUCGUAUUUCCUUAGGAUCCCAGCUACCACACUCCAUUUCAUCCUUACCUUCUGCUCAUGUAACAAAUACAAUUGCACCAGCUGAGAUGGAAGCUUUGUUGGGAAGUGUUGUUGCUAGUAAGGCGAUGGCAAGUAUUGCAGCUGGUUCUAACUUUCUUAAUCCAAACGCCUAUUCUGCAGCCACAGAAGUUGCCGCUGCAGCCGCAGCAGCCCUCACACCUUUUUAUACAUCCAUUAAUAAUAGUAGCUUAUCGAACCCAUCAUCUGUCGUCACUCCAAAUCAAGCUGCUUAUCAACCGCAUAUUCAACAUCAUGGUUCAUUCGGUAGUAAUUCAACUUCUGGCACUCAUUUAUUCAACCAACAACAUGUUUUGCCAUCUUCCAGUUCGGCGUAUCCAGGUUCACUGAUGGGUACCUUACCUGGUUCACUUCUAACCUCGUACAAUAACAGACCAUUUCCUCAUGCAACUGCGUCUACCCAGGCGAUAACUUCCGGGCAAGCCCUAGUUAGUGCACCUGUCUUGGGAUCACAAACUGUAACUAGUCAGCCUCCAUUGUCACAUAUGCCAGCGAAAGCAUCACAUCCAACAUCAGUCUCCCAAAUCCCUUCUCGCCUGAUUUCUGGCCAUCUUCAUCAUCCACCUGCUGCUACUCAUCCUAGUCAGGGCAGUUUCCACCAGUCAAACCAUCCUUUACCACAACCAGGUUCUCAACAUCAUGUGAUGGGGCAUUCUAAUCUCCCUCAGGGGAGUGGCGUACUUCGACAGCAGACUAAAGAACCGGCUUAUCACCCACAGGUUGAAGCCAUAUCCCCUGCUCCUGAUGAGUCUCGUCUAGUGGAUGCCCAAGAUGCAAAGCUUCAUCGUGAAAGGGAAGAAAUUAACCGUCAACUAACAGUAUUAGAUGCUGAUAUUAAUAAACAAGAAUCACAUCUAAGAAAUCUGUGUGAACGGGAGGCUCGUCUAACAGCUCGACUUGCGGUAGCACCUGCACGCGAUACAUCGAACAAUAAUUUGAACGGUAACGAUUAUGAAAGUAAAUCAGAUAAAGGGGAUCUUGCUGUUCCGGAAGUAUCUUUCACUUGUAAAACCGGUUUCGAACGAAAUUACGAAAACCCAAUACAGGCAAUUAUUUCUGACAACCGCCAACGCACUCGUCAGCGUCAUCUCAUUUUCACAAGACUUUGUGGUCCCAAAGUUCGACCUGGACCACAUGCCCUACCAUUUUAUCGCCAACCAUCCGACUUAUCAAGUGUAAGGGCUAUACAAUCCAACUUUCGCAACCAUUUCCGUCCAAAACUUGUUGUUUAUCUUCAAAGACGUCUCCGUGCUGAACAAAGUCGUAUCAGUUUUUUGGCUCAACAAUACGGACGAAAUUCUAGAAUAUUUACCAAAAAAAUGGACAAAUUACUCAGUACGACCAAACGUCGUCAACGUGAUCUUCGUCAUCGAGAUAUUUUUGAGAAAGCGAUGCCGGAAGUUAAAAAAAAUCGCGAAGACAGGGAGAUGGGAAACACGGAAUACACUAAACCAGGGAUCGAGGAUGAUUCUAGCGGGGUUUCUAACCUAACUGAUGGUUCUCAGACUACUCCCUACGAUGCUAUCGAAGAGAUGAAUAAAUUAAAGGAAUAUGCGAUUGAUCCUCCAGUUAUGCUUGCACCUUGGCAGCGUCGAUAUCAAUUCAUAUGUGAAUCAGGUUUAGUCACAGAUUGUCGUGCUCAGCUCCAAGAAAAUCAAGAUCUGUCGAAGUGGUCGGAAGAAGAAAAGCAAAUAUUUAAAGAACGCUAUUUAGCCACUCCUAAAAAUUUUACUUCGAUAGCUUCAUACCUAGAGCGGAAAUCUGUUGCAGACUGUAUCCACUAUUACUAUUUAUCCAAAAAGAAAGAAGGUUAUAAACAGCUUUUGAAGAAGCAUAAUGCUCGUCGACGCCGAGCAGCUCAGACUGAACGUGGAGGGGGCGGUAGUGCUGGUGGAGCUGCUAGCAAUUCAAAUGCUGGCGGGAGUAGUGGAAGCCAUAGUAAUACUAAUAUAAACUCGAUCCCUCCAUCUUCUAGUAAUUGCCAAAAUGGGCAUACGAAUAUAAAUUCCCCUCGUGGAGAGCGUAAUGAAGCAGAUGAAAAAGAUCCAGGAGGUUUAAAAAAUUCACAAACUGAUUCUUCUGGGUUUCCUGAAUCUAAUGAAACAGCUGAGCAUAAGGAUGCUGAUGGAUACAGAAAUAAUAAAAAAGAGACGCAUCAUAGUGGUAGCGGUGGGAGUACUGGUGCAAGAAAUAGAGCUGGACGGGGUCGUCCACCACAACAUACAAAUCAUUCUAAUAUCGAUAACCACAAUGUUGGAUCUCAUGGGCGAAAUCGUGGUGGUAAUAACAGUACUCGAAAUAACGUCGAACCUCAUAGUGUUCACGUUCCUUCGGAUGUCAAGGUACCUGAACAUGAUACUCUAGUUCCUACGAUUGACAAAGAAUCACGGUCUGGAGAUAAUGUAAGAAGUGAUCCUGGAGUACAUAUAACCGUUUCUUCUAAUGCUAAUUCUCAGUGUGCAGAAUCUGUGACUGAUUCAAAUAAACUGGCUCAACCCCGAACACAUCCUGCAGUGGUUUCCAGUUCUUCAACACGCAUCAAGGAUUUGAUUCACUUUGCUAUUGAAAAAAAUCUUACCAAGCCUUCAUCAUGUGAUAAUCAAGUAACCACAACUGAAACUUUGUCUUCCCGUAUCUCCUCGAUAGGUCCUAGUUCCUCUCAAUCUACUUCAACUAAUAUGGCAAGUGUAAUUACAAACUCUAAGCAUAAUAAAAACCCUUCAACUUCAAUUUCAACUGUGAUCCCAAGUUGUCUAGUCUCUAGUCAUAUGGUUACGGAUAAUUCAGAUACAUCUAUUGUUUUUCCAUCGACAACGGCAGCUGAGAUUUACGCAGCUGCUGCACGAUUUGCGGCUGUUAGCGCUAGCGUUUGUGGAAUGAAUACUGAUCCAUCAGUGAUGUCUGUUUCGUCCACGGUUGAUUCUUCCGGAAGUCAUAAACUGGAUGUUAAUAAGUCAUCUGUAUCUACUGCUUCCUUAUCAAGUAACCUACAUUCAAAAUCAGAACUGUCUGAUUUUACUAGCGUGGAUGCAGCAAAAAAAUGGAUGUCUUCAUUUGUCCCAUCAUGUGGUUCUUUAAGUCUUUCUCAUCAAACUUCUGAUAGUCGUCUCAUGGAUCCAUCUGCUUCUAGUAAAGCAAUUCUUAUCGGAGAUUUUUUAACUGCGCAACAACUCGAUCGUGCCGAUUCAUCUAAUUGGGGUGGGAAUCACUCAAAUUCACGCCAAGCUGAUUACGCUGGAUCCUAUCAAGUUUCUAGAUCUAUUGAUCCAUCUACCUUACCUGUCUGUGUUAGUCAUAUUUCUACAGCUUAUGGGAAUUUUGAUUGUCACCCAGUAUCAGAUUUUCGAACAUCAUCAAGUGUUUCUGAAAAAUGCUUGGGGAGUGAUAUCCUCGCUGAACAUGCUAUUAGGUUGGCUAUACAUGCCAAAGCUGCCGCUGCAGCAGCAGCUGCGUCGUCAUCGGUUAAUCAGUUUGAUGGUCGUGGUUCAUCUGUGUCAGAAAACAAUUUUAGUGGUCCAGAACGCUGUGUAUACUCACCUCUGUCUCCAAGUCCUGUUAAAGCUGAUAGUUUAUUGCCACCUGCCAACCAUUCUACUCCUCCGUGUCAACCUAAUCCACUUUCGGGAGUUCCAGUUUCUAGAAAUGAUACCAAUCACCAAUCGACAUCUUCAUUUACUCGCCAGCUAGAUAAUAGUCUUAAUUCUAUAUCUUUCAAACCAGAAAAUGAUCCUAACAUGUCCAUAAAUUCAGAUCAGGUGGCAUCAUUUAUUGCAAACGCUAAUAAAUUAUAUCUAGAAGAACUUGGGUCGUAUACUUCUCGUGAUCGAUCUAAUCCUAUACGGACUCUAACGGGUAACGAAUCUUCUCAGUUUUAUGGUGUUAUACAACAGUUACGGCAGCCAAAGGAGGAAAGUAGUUCUCUCCACCUUCCAAGUGCUUGCAAUGUGUCUGUUACUAAUAUCAACAUUCCAAAUCUGAAUUCUAGAGAUCAGCAGUCGGAAUAUAUGGGUAUGUGUCUACCACGUCCACAUUCAUCUGAGGGUGCCGGUAAUCAUACAUUUGGUUCAUACAUGAAAAGUGAAUUAUCAAGAGGAACUCCAUCAAGAUGUAUACCAUCUAAAGGUCAAUACGAUCGCAUACAAACAUCUAGUAAUCCAACUGAACUCAGUCAAUUUGUAUCAGAUUCUGUCAACCCGAUUAAUAAUAUAGAUUCUCAUGUUUCCUCUAAUACAAGCAAGCGUUCGUCUGUGCAUGGGGGUUUGAAUACACUAGAAAGCCAUAUUAAUAAGGCUAUUACAGAGGAAAUACGAGCACAAACAAUUUCAAGAAAUUCAUUUUUUCCACACAAUAUAUGUUCGCCUCAUCUACCCAGGACUCCAUCACCUAUUAGCAAACACAGUUCCACACGUAAUUCAGAUUCUCAAUUUCAUUUAAAUGUUCCGCUGAAGAAGCAGGAUCGUUCUAUUUCGCGCUCUCCCGGUAUGGUGAACAGUUCAAUGAUAUCAGGUUCUAGAGAUUCUUUCAAAAAUUCUACUUCUAAAAUCCCAGCACCUGAACUUCUUGCGGCAAAACUUCCUGCUGCUAACAAUGAAGACUUUUUAAAUAAAUCAAAUCAAAAAGGGUAUACACAGAAGCGAAAAGUAUCUGAAAUGGUCAAAAGUAAUUCAUUGUCUAGUAAUAUUGACUCUGCAGUAGACCAUUCUACUUCGCCAGAUGGUGGUACAGAAUUUCCAGGAUUAUUACAAAUAGACUUAGCUGCCUCUGAUUUUUCACCUAAGGUUGUGUCGUGUGCAAUGAAUUCACAUCUUAAGGAUGUUCCUCACUUAUUGUCAUGCAAUACUAGUUCUAAUUGUAUUCAAUCUGUUAAAGAAUGCGGACGUGAUGAUUCCCUAGAUCGCUGGUCACAUACAUAUGGAAAUGAGAAAAGUAUAGACUGCAAUCAUAGUUCAACGGGAUUGCUAGGAAAUUAUGAUGUCGACUCAUUAGAUUCAGCUCCGUUAAACUCGCUAUAAACGUCUAUUUUGUAUUUAUGAAUAAAGAAAUAUAUUAAUAUGUUUUGAAACAUUGCCAUGGUUAUAUAUGUACUGUAAAAAAAUGUUAGACUUUUAGUUUUUCUUUUUAAAUUGAUUUGGUUCCAAAUCUGCUUGUUUUAAUCUGACAUUUAUUUAAAAUAUCAAAUCGCCAAAACUUUGAAUUUCAGUAUCAUUUUUGAUGUGUGUCCUAUCGAUUCAUCGGAUAUAGUUUAUUAUUUUGCACUUAUGUUUUCCUUUUUGUGGUUCACAUUUUUUGUAAUUUUUUGAAUACAUGAAUGCUGUUGGCUUACAGACAGUGCAACAAAUUUUAUUUUAAUGACACAUGUCUCUAAUAUAUGUGUAUGUAUGUUGCCCCAUGGACAACUUUGUUUCAUUUUCUAACUCCCUCUUUUUCUAUCUCUGUGUUGUCCUCAACGUACUCUAUUCCUGCUUUUGAAACAUACCGGUUUAAAGUUCUGUUUGUCUAAAUCGACUAACUUAUCGCAUACAAUAACAAAAAGGGUGCAUCAACGUAGUUCGAGUAAUGUAUGCACAAAAAGAAAGAACAAUUAAACUUCUAUUUUACUGGUUUCAUAUUGAUAUUAAUUGUUAAUCAGGUUUAUAAUAACAAUUAACAAUACUGUUUUAAGUGAUUGUAUGAAAUAGAAUUGUUCAAAUGUUUACUCAUACUAGUCGUUUUUCCUCUUAUUUACGUUACUUUAUAAUCAUUUGCCUUUUGUGUAGUUUUAAGUUCAUGUUUGAUUUGUUUCCAAAUUUUAAUCAGGUUUCCUUCGAAAAACGCUCGGUUUACUUAUUUUCAUUGUUAUCCUGUUUAGAUUUAUUAUAAUUAGCACAACAACGAUGUGAUUUCCUCUCUUCCACAUUAUUGUUAUACUUGCAUUUUGACAUUUUGUUACCUAUAUGACAGUAUAAUUGUAUUUUUAUUGAACGUGAUAUGGUUGCGAAUAUAGAAUGCUUUCUGUUUACUAUAUCCUUGGUUGUUGGACCAAUCUUGUAAGACAUUUUAUGGGCCGUUUACUGAGACGAUUGUUGUUGUGGAAUCACUUUCAAACAUUUAGAUCAGUAACUGCACUUAUAGAACAACAUGCUUACUGUUAUAAUUUGUCGUUUGAAUGCUUAUUGUCUUGGCUCUUUUAAUGCUACUUCUUGUAUCUGGUCGUCGCUGAUUGUUAUGUCAAAUCACAGACUGAGCAUAAUUCAUGUCAAUGAAAUACAAGAAUAUCGUAUAUUAUACAGAAUAAAAUAUCAUACGACAAAACAAAGCCGAAUACUACAUUGAGUAAUCAUUACAUUGAAUCAAAACGGAAGUACUCUUGGACUAAACUCAUAAUGAGUAAACAGAUCAAAAAUUGACUUUUGUUUUCAUCAUAUCACUUAGCAAAUGAAAUGGUUAUCCUAAUCGACAAUACAUUCACGGAAUUUUC